AUGGAUUGCGGUACUAUCACUCACAUGACAUGCUUGAGCAAGCAUUUCCUUCAAAGCGAGAAGAAUAAGCAACUUGACGAGCUCUUAGUUCCUAUCAAAGGAGUCUGUCCAGGUUGUAAGAUGGAAGUUCGAUGGAAUGAUGUGAUAAAAGAAUUAUCUCUUAGAAUGAGAGGUCAACAAGUGGUGGAGAAAUUAUUGAAGCCGAAGAGAGUGAAAAAGACUGCCAAAGGUGCCACGGUAUCUCAGGCAGUUGUCGAAUUUGAUGAUGACCAGGAGGAGGAGGAAGAGGAGGAGGAAGAAGAAGAGGAAGAAGGUUAUAUCAACAUGGGCGAAUUCGAUCCACAAAAUCCCGAGGAAGGGAAUGGGUUCAAAAAUUAUUUCGGUUCUGAUGAUUCCGAUACCAUGUCUGUUGUCAGUAUCGCAAGUACUAAACCACAGAUGCGGAGCGUUCCAGUCAGCCAAUCAAGACUUAUUACAGUUAUUGAAGAUAGCGAAAAAGAUGAAGAAGAAGAAGAAUUGGAUGGAUGA